UUCCUGACUAUUUCCGGGUUAAAGGACACACUCAAGAUGGCUGCCGCCUGCGAACGCUAAUUGCUAAAUGUUGUCGCGGUUACUCGCGGAGUGAGCCGUUUGGACUGCUUUGACGUUGCGAGUUGGGCGGAAGGCGACGAUGUUGCGGGUGGCCCGGCUGCUGGUGCCCCGGCAGGCCGUGCUGGUGGAGGCGCAGCGCGGCCGAAAGUCGCGUAACGACCCGGUGGCCAAGUCCAAAGUGGGUCGAGUUAAAUUGCCACCGCCGGUCGACCCGGUGGAGAUGGUCGUGUUGCGGGAAAGAUACGCCGACUACAAGCUCAUCACGAGGGCUCUUCGUUUCGAGUUCAAGGAGGAGGUCCUGCGGAGGAAGUACGAGGAGGAGACUGGCUCCAUGGCGGAGGAGCGCGCGCGCCAGGAGGCAGAGGAGCACAACCGGCUCAUGGCCUUCAACCAACAGGAGAACCAGCGUCUCCUCCAACUACGCCUGGAGAGGAUGGAGAAGGAAACUGAAGAGGCAGAACGCGACAAGUUGGAAGCGGCUCUCCAGCGAGAACAGCAACAGCAACAAUUCAUCAAGCAGAAACAGGAGGAGAUUCAGCAGUUGCAGGAGGAAGCCAAGAACUUCAUCACGCUAGAUAACUUGGACCGACGUAUCGAGGAGGCGUUGGACAACCCUAAGAACUACAAUUUUGCCGUGGACAAAGAAGGCCGAGUCGUUAAACGGACAGUCUUACAAUGACGCGCGACAAUAUAGACUUUCCCGAGGUUUCAUUCUUCCUGCCUGUCGUUUUCAGCGCAACGCCAAUAAAUGUGUGUAGACAAGACUGACUCACUUUUUAAUUUUUUU